AUGGAUUUUGUCGAGUAUCGCCAGCGAGGCAAGGAGAUGGUAGACUACAUUGCGGACUAUCUGCAGAACAUUCGGGACCGACGUGUCUUACCGGACGUCCAGCCGGGGUAUAUGCGAAACCUAAUACCGGAGUCGGCCCCGCUCGACGGUGAGCGAUGGGAGAACAUCUUCGCGGACAUCGAGCGCGUUAUCAUGCCGGGCGUAACGCACUGGCAGAGUCCGCACAUGCACGCAUACUUCCCAGCGCUAAACUCAUUUCCUUCGCUGCUCGGCGAUAUGCUGGCCGAUGCCAUCAACUGUCUCGGAUUUACAUGGGCAUCUUCUCCGGCCUGUACCGAGCUGGAAUCAAUUGUGAUGAAUUGGCUUGGGAAGAUGAUUGGGUUGCCGGAUAUGUUUCUGCACCUACCCGGUACCAGCAUGGGCGGGGGUGUGAUUCAAACGACGGCCAGUGAGGCAACGCUCGUGUGCCUGUUGGCCGGCCGGACGGUGGCCAUUAGACGCUUUCACGAGCACACGCCCGGACUGCAGGAUGCGGAAAUCAACGCCCGCCUGGUGGCGUACUGCUCCGACCAGGCACACUCCAGCGUGGAGAAGGCGGCCCUAAUCGGCUUAGUCCGGAUGCGAUUCAUCGAGUCGGACGAUCAACUCAGCCUCCGCGGGGAUGCUUUGCGCGAUGCAAUCGAGGAGGACAUCAAGCAGGGUCUGAUUCCGUUCUGGGUUUGCGCCACCCUCGGUACAACGGGGGCCUGCGCCUUUGACCAUCUGGCCGAGAUAGGAGAGAUCUGCGCGUGCCACAACAUCUGGCUACACGUGGACGCUGCCUACGCCGGCAGUGCAUUUAUCUGUCCAGAGUUUCGGGUGUGGCUGAAGGGCAUCGAGAAAGCGGACUCCAUCGCGUUUAAUCCCUCCAAGUGGUUAAUGGUGCACUUUGACUGCACCGCGAUGUGGGUCAAGAAUAGUGGUGCCCUGCAUCGAACCUUCAAUGUGGCUCCGUUGUAUCUACAGCACGAAAACUCGGGCCUUGCGAUCGAUUAUAUGCAUUGGCAGAUACCGCUUAGCAAGCGGUUCCGAGCGUUGAAGCUCUGGUUUGUACUACGCAGCUUCGGCACACGGGGACUUCAGAAGCACAUUCGCGAAGGCGUCCGGUUGGCGCAGAAGUUUGAAGCUCUCGUGCUGGCAGACCAUCGUUUUGAGAUCCCGGCCACCCGCCAUCUCGGUAUGGUGGUGUUCCGAAUCAAGGGUGAAAACGAACUGACGGAGAAACUGCUGAAGCGGCUCAACCAUCGUGGACAUCUGCACGCAGUUCCUGCAUCGCUGAAGGGUCGCUAUGUCAUUAGGUUUACCGUCACCUCUACGUACACCUCGAACGAUGACAUUCUGGCAGAUUGGAACGAAAUUCGCACCGUUACAACCGAUCUGCUCAAUGAGCUGAACGUGCAGAUGGUUGAUCGGACACGUGUGCCGUUGAAAGAUACGCGCGAAAAGAACGAAGCGUUCGGAUCGAGCCUUCUGCUCGCCAACUCGCCGAUGUCGCCGAAGAUCGUGAACGGUUCGUUCGCGGCCAUCUUCGAUGCGGACGAGUUCCUGGCCAAGGUGUACGCUGGCAUACGCAUCUCGAACCAGGACUCACCGGCUAUGAGACGUCGCGUCCGGGGCAUCCUCAUGUCCGGCAAACAGUUCUCGCUCGACUCACGCAUGGAUCUGGUGGUGCACGGGUUCGGUCCGGGCGAGGCGCGCAACGGCAUCGAAUCGGGGGCCAUCAACGAAGACUUAGAGGAGGUCUGGGAAGCUUGUGAGCAGAUGGAGCUUUCGGACCAAGAGAACACACCGGACGACACCACCUCCCAUCUUCAACGCCGCCGUUCUCCUUCUCCUCAACCACCGUCGAAGCUGCAACCACACUUCAUAGAACCGCUCCCGAUACUACCUGUAGUAGGACCGUGUCGGGGUCGGUCGCAAAGUGUGGACACCGGCAUUAUUCGUGCCCAUGCUAACGCCACUAACACCAGCUGGUUACUUGAACGUGAGGAAGCCAUCACCCGUUCGGAACCGUGCUACUCCAGCGACUCCCUCACCAGCCAGCCUUCACUGACCUCUCCGAUACCUACUCAGCCUCCCACUCCUCCACCCAUCGGUCACACUCCAAAGAUCUCCUGCGAAUCACAUCUGGACAGCAUUGACGAGAACCGACCCACGGAGAACUUUCCACGCAGUAAGCGACGCUGUUCGGAUAAUUCCCACCUAUUCUCACUCACCCGGCCCAACGUAUAUCCGGAAAAGCGUCAAUCGGAACCGGCGAUUCGGUGCGCCUUCUACAACCGUGGCUUCGAGAUGCUCUGUCCACCUCGUCCACCACCACCGAAGCGUGUGCUGUCCCAGAACGAUCUACCCCGCACACGUCAGCUGCGACGACAGAUUUCAACCGUGUCCGAGUUGAACCUUACCGACCCGGAUGAGGAUUGGCGACGGGCAAGAUUGCUGGUGCCACCGUUUCGCUACUGUAUUGCGGACGAGUCGGGACAUUGUAUCGAUUUCGACACGGUCCUGCCCUGUCCGGUUGCAUCGAUCGACGAUGAAGCGAUUCUGCGGGACGCACUACGGUUCGAGGAGAAUUUCGUGGAACGAUGCGAACAGAUCUGUCCCGAGCCGGAUUCACUGUGUCUCGAGACGAUUGAGGAACGGGUACUGGAUGAGUUGACAUCUACUGGAGUGGGUGGAGUUGCUGAUAGCAAGGAGUCUGUACGCAGUGAGGAAGUUAUUUACGAAAAUGUGAAACAUUGUCGAAAGUGUGGCCAUCAAAGGAUUAAGUUAUAA